ACAACCGUUUUUUGAACAUUUUUCCCCGACGAUGUAAUGUUUGUGACUGGAGUUAGUACGUGUGAUACAAAACUUCUUGUGCACUGCCGGUUGAGGGGUGCAUGUACUUGUACAACGAGUUUGAGGGUGAAGUGCGAGCACUGAAAAGUGGCCACCCGAGCUCAGAGGGGCGUCACUCGUUUAAACCGUUUUGCGGCGAAAAAGCGAGGGAUGACUCCGGAGGUGGCGGUUUUGUCUUGCCGCGACACGUAGACACGUUGUUCUUCAUUUUCUUUUGUUUCACCUUCUUGGCUCGCGAGAGAGGUGGUUCCUUGUGCAAACGGGCGUUCCCUCGGGAGCGGUCCGCGUCUUUGCGGGCGCAGCCACAAGUUGUACCGAAACCGCUGUGCCCGAACGGGAACCUUUUCUUCCUCAUCUGGCAGCCCAUCUCUAUACCCCUUUUGGACAACAGGGAAUCUGCACCUCUAGGAGCUACCUGGCUGCUGUUCUUUCGUCAACUCACCAUGGCGGAGCCGAAGCCGCCGUGCGAUUGCCCACUCGGAGGAGCAGGCGACUUCGGCAAUACUGACGCGGUUCUCGCCGCGGGCAAAGAUUGCAACAGUUCUUCGACUGUCGAGGCGCCCGUACCCUCGGCGCUUGGUGCAUUCGAAGAACAUGAUGCGGCCCCACAAACCCACCCCUCUGUUGCUCAUCCCGCGUCGGAGAACUGCGCGUCAGACUCUGCGGCGGCGUCUCGGGCGGCAGGCGGUGACACGGCUCCACGGAGUUUGCUGGACACUACAGACAACGCGACAGCCGCCGAAGAAGGACCGCGGAAGCUGUUGGAGGCGCUAAAGUCCUCGGUGUCGUGUCUUAUUGUCACGGACGUGCAGAGGGACUUCUGUGAGGGAGGCGCACUGGGAGGCGAAGGCCGCCUGCAGAUGGUGCACAACAUCAACCGCCUGCGUUGCUGGAGAAGUCCGGGCACGGACCACCCUCUCUGUGGUGUUCCCUUCGAACAACUGCCAACUAGCUUGGAAGCUGCCGACAUUGCAGACGAGCUGUUUGAUUACGUCGUCGUAAGCCAAGACUGGCACCCUCCGAACCACCUUUCCUUCGCGAAAAACCACGCAAGCAGUUGCGACCGCGAAGCUUGCAUUUGUGGCGACGAACAGGAAGAAACUGGAGACGCCACGGACGAAAAAGCUGCGACCAGCGACACAGUUCAAACGAGAAACAACGACCGAACGGACGGAACUCUGGACGCGAUGCCUGAAACCCCCACUGCAGAAGAAGUGUCGCCACAGGUGGCAAACCAACAUGAAGAAACAAAUGGCAACGCUCAGGAUGGUGAGGUGAACGAAGGAGACCGCUCUGGAGACGAGGACGCACAAGCUCCAGAGACUGUGACGGGUGAAAGAGCAAAGAAGAAAGGGAAAUACUUACCGCCUCUGGGGCCUAAUCGAGUCCGGCGUCGAAAAACAGGCGUUGUGCUGGAUCUGUGGCCCGUGCACUGUGUGCAAAAUACACCGGGCGCAGAGCUCCAUCCAAACCUUCUCACUCGAGCCAGCGACGUUCCAAUUCACAAAGCUACCGAUCGUGAGAUCGACAGCUACUCAUGUUUUGGACACGGUCAGCACAAGACCGGCCUGGAGUCUUUGCUCCGAGAAUGGAAAGUUGAGGUGGUGUGCGUUGUGGGGCUGUGCGUCGACUACUGCGUCAAAGCCACUGCACUCGCUGCAGCAGAAGUCCCAGGUGUACAGACUGUGUGCGUUCUGCUAGAUUGUUCCAAGGCAGUUGCCGAAGAAGCGAUACCCACUGUUCGUAAGGAACUAAGCGGCAAAGGCAUCCUCGUGUGCACCGCGAAAGAGAUGCUUCGCGGACAGACGUAGAAAGAUGCCUUGCAUUUGAGACUUAUGCAAGGCAACGAAGAGCAAAAAUUACAGGUAUUAUUCGCACUUUUGCUGUUGCGAGCAACACUGUGUCCUGGUGCCUGCUCUGAUUUGAACUGUAAGGACGGCACAUGCGAGAAGGGUACGGACACAGCGGUCCCUGGAAUAGAACAGGACAGGCGACUGUUGCAGAAAGCAGCAAUGGACGGUUGCGUAGAGCGUACAUUUCCGGUGCCAGUUUGCAGCAUGACACAGAGGAACGGCACUGUCCACGAAGCGGAGGAAACAAAGGAGGGAGAUCCGAGUCAGGGAGAAGGAUGUAGAGAGGGUCGACGGGAGGAGGGCGAGAAGAUUUGGAGGCUCUUGAGGAGAACUACCGCCAGAAGCACGGCAGCAGUUGUGCUGAUGACGUGAAGCAUGCAAACUGACAUCACUUUUUUCGGGCGAGGCGCGGUAUUUUGUGGAGAACGUUUUCCUUUGCUUAUCUGUACCGGAAUGAGUUACAAGAGGUGAUGAGCGUCUGUCUUCGUCCCGGUGAAUCUUAGAGGCACGAAGCGAUCGGGAGGCAAAGAGGCUGGGAAUGCAGUUUGCCGACAAAGACUGGCCGCCUCACUCACUCCAGCCGGGUGCGAGAUACAGCACCUUGAGCUUCUAGAGAUGGUGACGUGGCUACAGUCCGCCGUGGAAAGCGAAAAGGAAACGAAGACGUUUCGAAGGGACGGAGGAACAAGGUACAUUUUGUGGAAACUGGAGCAAAUCACGUGAUGGAAACGGAGUCGCCGUUACCUGUCAAGCAGAGUAACGGCGAUUUGGAAUCUUUUUUCGGACAACGCAACCUUUGUAAUGUCAGCUGCCUGCCAUGUUCGUAAUUCUGCAGGAACAAAGAGUUUUUGUUUAUUUGCCCUUUGUCGUGGUCGAAGAAUUACCAGCAAAAGUUUCAUUCCUG